AUGACAGUAAUCUCUGCGAUCAGUUGUGCUUUCUUAUUUUCCAUUCUCUGUGAAACAAGUGCAUUAGUGUUACCCAACUCCACUGACCUACUCCUGUCAGACAACAAUUUCACUGACAUUGAGACGGCUUUGGCAGCUCAUCUGGACUCUGCAAAAAUUCCCAAAGCCAGGCGGAAGCGCUACAUUUCGCAGAAUGACAUGAUUGCCAUUCUUGAUUAUCAUAAUCAAGUCAGAGGCAAAGUCUUCCCACCUGCUUCCAACAUGGAAUAUAUGGUUUGGGAUGAAACUCUUGCCAAAUCUGCAGAGGCUUGGGCUGCUACAUGCAUUUGGGACCAUGGACCUUCCUACUUACUGAGAUUCUUGGGCCAGAACCUGUCUGUAAGAACUGGAAGGUAUCGAUCUAUUCUCCAGCUGGUAAAGCCAUGGUACGAUGAGGUGAAGGAUUAUGCGUUCCCUUAUCCUCAGGAUUGCAACCCCAGGUGCCCCAUGCGAUGUUAUGGACCCAUGUGCACCCAUUACACACAGAUGGUUUGGGCCACUUCCAAUCGUAUAGGCUGCGCAAUCCACACAUGCCACAAUAUGAACGUCUGGGGAUCUGUUUGGCGACGAGCUGUUUACUUGGUAUGCAACUAUGCCCCAAAGGGGAAUUGGAUUGGAGAAGCACCAUAUAAAGUAGGAGUCCCAUGUUCGGCUUGUCCUCCAAGCUAUGGAGGUUCUUGUACCGACAAUCUUUGUUUCCCAGGAGUAACAUCAAACUACUUAUACUGGUUCAAAUAAGUUAAGGUUUACAUUAUUUUUAAAAAAAAAAACAUGGAUGAGUAACAAGAAGCUUGUAUAUUGA